CACCCGAGCGGCCCCAUGGCCUUCAACUUCGGCGCGACGGCGGGAGCCGGGGCCGCCAACCCAAGCGGAUUUGGUGGGCUUGAAACUGCAAACUCCACUGCCAGUGGGUUUAAUUUUGGGGGUUUCGGAUUAACUGCUAAUCCUGCGGUGAAUUUUAAUAUUGGGAAUUUCGGUGUUUCCACUACCUCAACUCCACCGUUCAAUUUUGGUAACAGUCUGGCAAGUGCAGGAGCCUUCGGAGGGUUUGGCACCACCACCACCACCACAGCACCGGCGUUCAGCUUCUCUGCUCCCACCAACACGGGCACUGGCGGACUCUUCGGUGCCACCCAGAACAAAGGCUUUGGAUUUGGCACUAGUUUUGGCACAGGAACUGGAACUGGCUUGGGUAGUGGGUUGGGAACUGGGCUGGGCUUUGGAGGCUUCGGAACCCAGCAGCAGCAGACCACGUUAGGAAGCGGGUUGUUCAGCCAGCCUGCCCAGACACCCGCCCAGUCCAACCAGCUCAUCAAUACAGCCAGUGCCCUGUCGGCUCCGACGCUCCUGGGGGAUGAGAGGGAUGCCAUCCUGGCCAAGUGGAAUCAGCUGCAGGCCUUCUGGGGAACGGGCAAAGGUUACUUCAACAACAACAUCGCUCCUGUGGAGUUCACACAGGAAAACCCCUUCUGCAGAUUUAAGGCUGUGGGUUACAGUCUAAUGCCCAACAACAAAGAUGAAGAUGGCCUCGUGGUUUUGGUGUUUAACAGAAAAGAAGCAGAUAUUCGAAGCCAGCAGCAGCAGCUCGUGGAGUCACUACACAAAAUUCUGGGGGGAAACCAGACCCUCACUGUCAACGUCGAAGGGGUUAAAACGAUGCCAGAUGACCAGACAGAGGUGAUCAUUUACGUUGUGGAGCGCUCGCCCAACGGCACCUCGAGGAGAGUUCCCGCCACCACCCUCUACACCCACUUCGAGCAAGCCAACAUCAAGUCGUCCCUGCAGCAGCUGGGGGUCAGCCUCUCCAUGGCCAGGACAGAGCUGUCCCCAGCACAGGUCAAGCAGCUCCUGCAGAACCCUCCUGCCGGUGUUGAUCCUAUUAUAUGGGAACAAGCCAAAGUUGAUAAUCCUGAUCCUGACAAGCUUAUUCCUGUGCCAAUGGUGGGUUUCAAGGAACUGUUGAGAAGAUUGAAGGUCCAAGAUCAGAUGACCAAGCAGCAUCAAACUCGAUUAGAUAUAAUAUCAGAAGAUAUCAGCGAGCUGCAGAAAAACCAAACGACAACUAUGGCAAAAAUUGCACAGUACAAAAGGAAGCUGAUGGCGCUUUCUCACAGAACAUUACAGGUGUUAAUAAAGCAGGAGAUCCAAAGGAAAAGUGGUUAUGCCAUCCAAGCAGAUGAGGAGCAGCUCCGUGUACAGUUGGAUACAAUUCAGUGCGAACUUAAUGCACCAACACAGUUCAAGGGCAGACUGAAUGAGCUCAUGUCCCAGAUCAGGAUGCAGAACCACUUUGGAGCAGUGCGAGCUGAAGAGCGCUAUUACAUAGAUGCAGACCUCUUAAGGGAAAUCAAGCAACACCUGAAGCAGCAGCAAGAAGGGCUCAGUCACCUAAUCAGCAUCAUCAAGGAUGACUUGGAAGACAUCAAGCUAAUAGAACACGGGCUGAACGAGAGCAUUCCCAUCAGAGGAGGAGUCUUCAGUUGACUGGAUGCUGCUGAGCUUACACAGAACACGUUAGUCAAGUUCAUGGUUCACCUUCCAAGGCUAAAACUGUUGAGCACUGGGAAUUGCAGAGCACAAGAAGACAAGUGUUACAGCUGCUGUGCAGCAGGGAACUGAGUCGCGGUGAAGUCGUGGGCAAGAAGGAUCCAAACUGCCUAACGAGAUUGAAGCCUUGCAGCUGAAGACAUGACACGGUCCGAGAAGGAACAGCACAAGUGACCUGCCUUGCUGUGCCUCCUCCCACGCUGAACUGCCCGAAGUUGUACCCCUGCUCACACCAGACGCUAAGUGCAUCUCGAAGAGCAAUCUGAACAUGAGACAAGAGUGGAAUGAUCAGGCAAUGAAGCUGCUUGAGUGCAAGGAGGUGCAAAACCACCCUGGUCCUUAGGGGACAUUUUGCCAUCAGGACCAGUCUAAAGUAAGAAAGUCCAAGGACCACAGCUCUGGCUCCUAAUUGUGAGAAACCAGACUUAAAAGAUCAUUUAAGUCAUACUAAAAAACCACUUCAGGCUUCCAAGUGAGUCCUGUUUGGACCAGCUGUGUGCCAACCUGUAUUAAGGGCCUGAGCUGCCCCCAGAGAGCCUGCAGUCAAAGCAGGCAAGAUGAGAGGGGAGGGGUGAGAGAGGUAAAGCCAACAGCAGCUCUGGGGCCAAGCUGAGCUCUUCCAGCAGCUCUGCCCAUUGCAUCCAGGAGUGUAUUUCCUUGAGAAUGGAAAAGGGACUCCAUGGGAUUUGUGGUGAGAGGUCCUGAGUCAGGUCCCAACCAAACCCUGAGGUACUGGGCGUGCAGGGUUUUCCUGAAGAUACUGGAGAGGACCUGGAUUUCUUUUGUCCCAGAUUUAGUAUCACUUACGGAACUCUGACACACAAAUGUUGCAAUGUAACCUGCAAUGGUGAGAGCUGUCCCUGUAGCAUUUGCAUGUGUCUAGUGCAGAAAAGGCCACUUGUUAAGGAAAGCCCAGUCUUAGCAAGGGCCUGAUUGCUUUUGCCAGGCUUCUCUGAGAGGCUGAAGUCAUUAGGCAAUGCUGCCAGGCAUCCCAGUUCCUGUCACCUUGCAGGCCAUCCUCCCUUUUCAGAGGCUGGGUCCCCAACCCCGGGGUUCUUCCAAGCCCCCUGAUUCUGUGCCCUGAGCUUUUCCAAGCACAAACAUCUCACCCUGCAGCUGCCUGAUGCAAUGAGCUUUCAGGUUACAUCAGCAGUGCCCAUGUGCAAGGUGAGUGUGGGAGCUGGGGGGGCAAUGAUGGGUGACGGCCCAGCUCCUUGCAGGGCAUUGGGUUCUGCCAUAGCUCUUUACAAACCCUGUUUUCUCAUCGUGGAUACAUCUACAGGAGGGCAGGAUUCGAGUUUGCUUCCUCUCCUCCUCCCAGAAGGUAUUGCCAACAGUUGUGUGCAGCGCUCUCUGAGGCAGUGGCAAGAUGUUCCCUGUGCCCCACUUUUGCAGAAGGAAUUGGCUGCAGCUGUCUCUGGUUGGAUUCACACAGAAACCCAGCAGGAUUGAGCAGCCAGAUGACAAAGCCUGAUCACCAGGGACAGCUACAUUUAGUGGCCAACCGGUAUCAAGUGAGAAGUUC